CGUCAGUGUUCCGAAAACCGCGCGGUGUGUUUUUAACUGUCAUGCUAGUAGUAGUCCACACUCACCAAUGCGACACGGCGUCGUGACAUUUACCUCAGACGCGGACUUAAAAGUGUAUUUAUUUUCCUAGGACAGGAGUUGUUCUAUAAUAACAAAGUGGACACUUGUGUGCGUCAAAAUGAGUGACGACACCGAUUCUCCUCCUGAAAGGGAGAUGAAGGAUUUUCAGUUUCGAGAAAUGAGGAAAGCAAAAAUUUUCCAACCUUCCGAAGAAAUGCCAAAGGAAAGGACAAGUUUGCUGUGUGUCUCAAACAAAUAUGGCUUAAUGGUCGCCGGGAUGGGGAGAACCUUCAAAGUUUACCGCACACAGGACAUCAUCGCUGAUAAACAGGAGCGCAUAGUUGAAGGAAUUGAAGCGCUGGCGGAGGUAACCGUGGAGAUGAAUUUGCACCACUUGGCUCUCAGUUGUGAUGAGCUUACCUUGUCAGUGUGCGGAAUCGCUACGGACACGGCUUUGUCCAUCAUAUUCUAUGACGUCCGCACCUUUGUGAACAAGGCUCGACCACAGAAGUCGGCGUUUGCAUUGUGGCAGCCGGCUGUGCCCCCGGAGUCCUUAGUGCAGGACCUGAAGUGGAAUCCUGCUCAGGCUUCUAUGUUGGCCGUCUGUCUGUCUGAUGGCAGCAUGUCCAUCUUGGACGUAACCAACAGCGUCAACACACAGGCCCAACUACCCGCUUCCAGCGGUGUCACGUGCCUUUGCUGGAGCCCUAAAGGAAAACAAGUUGCCGUAGGGAAAAUGAAUGGCACUGUCAGCCAGUAUACCCCAGCACUGGAGGAGAAAAAAGUGAUUCCAUGUCCACACUUCUACACUUCUGAUGACCCUGUCAAAGUUCUUGACCUGCUUUGGCUGAGGACGUAUUCUUUCGGUGUGGUCUACGCCGCUGCAGACGGCUCUUCAGAGACCCCACCUGAGCUCGUAUUGAUCACCAUCCCUAAGAAGGACGAAAAGGUGGAAACAAAGUACCUUAACUUCAGCGACACAGUGUUCGGCUGCUGCACAAAGCGACAGCAUCACUACUUCCUCAGCCACGUCGAGGACUGGAAUCUUGUUUUGGCCGCAUCCGCCGCUUCCAUCGAAGUCAGCGUCAUCGCCAGACAAGACGAGAAGAUCUGGGAGCUGUGGCUCCUGGAGGACACUGGGAGGGCGGAGCUACCCGUAACUGAGAACGAUGACACGCUGCCCCUCGGCUUAGCAAUUGACUACACCAAUCAACAGCAGAUUCGCAUCAGCGAUGACAAAACGUUGCCGUCGGCUCCCACGUUGCUCAUGCUGUCCACCGAAGGAGUGCUCUGCCCUUUUGCGCUGCUUAACCUCAACGCCGGGGUCAAGCAGCUGAUUUCACCUUGCGCCGCCCUCACAGCUGAGGGCGAGAGACUCCCCAAGCCAGGUGCUUUAAUAGCCCAGCCCCCCAAAACCGCUGCCCCCGUCCCCUCUGCCCUGCCCGCCUUCUCAAACAUUACUGCGACUUCAUCUGCUCCCUCCUUCAGCAUUCUGCCCACUGCCACCACCUCCGCAUCCUCAGGCUUCUCCUUUGCUAUACCCUCCGCCAGCAGCAACUCUGCUCCUCCCGCCUUCUCCCUCGGGUCAGCUGCACCUUUCGGCUCCGGGGCCUCGGGCUUCUCUUUUUCCGCCAAGCCUCCCUCCGAAACUCCCUCGGCCCCUUCUGCGUUUUCUUUUAGCACCCCUUCAAAUAAGGUCACAACCCCGACACCACCAAGCCUUGUGACUCCCUCGUUACCUACGGUCAAACAAAAUUUGAAUGACAGAUUUUCAGCUCUAGAUGCUGCAGCAGCAUCCACGCCAUCUUUCUCCUUCGCGACGUCCUUACCCAAAAAUGGCAGCAUCAGCCAAAGCGUCCCUGCCCUCGCCUUAGCCACUGCCAAGCCAGCGGCAGUGUCAACUCCUGUGCGUCCUAUCCAAAGCAACACACCAACUCCAGUGGUCCAAAAACCAGCACCAGCUCAUCAAGGCCGCAUCCAGACACCCCAGGCGGCUGUUGGCGUGAAGGUCGUGGAGAAACAGGCUCAGCCAAAGAAAGAGUCCGAUCCCAUUAUGACGGGCAUACUGGAGGAGAUUUCACACUUCCAAAAGGAGCUAGAGGAUUUAAAAACGCGAAGCUCGACAGCGGACUUCAAAGUCGGAACCAACGAGGAGAUGAAGGAGCUGAGGACUGAGUCAGAAGAGCUUAACAUUUUCAGCCUGGAGAUCAAAGAAACAACAGAGUCUCUGCAUGGCGACAUUGGCGCCAUGAAGACCACCAUGCUGGAGGGCUUUGCUGGAGCGGAAGAAGCCAGGUCCCAGACUGAGAUCACCAGGCAACGCAAUUACAGACAAUUGCUCUACAAAAGACCUCUGGACCCGCGUAGUGAGGAGCAGCUCAAGGAGAUUCGUAGGCUUUAUCAGUAUGUUACGUUUGCCGUGGAGGAUGUCAACUGUGUUCUGGAUGUGGAAUGGGAGAAGAGCUUGGAGAGAAAGAAGAAAAAGAAGCACAUGGUGGUGCCCGGCCGGGAAGGUUUGUUCAACACUCUGGCCAACAAUCUGUAUAUCAUCAACCAGCAGAAGAACAGACUGGACCAGCUGGUCAGUGAGCUGACCUCCUUGCACCUCUAUAACAAGAUGGACACUCCCAAUGCAAGUCAUAACUCUACUGCAGCAACAUCAGCAGGCAGUAUGGAAAAGGAGCUCAACAGCUUAAGGGAGGCCCUCUUGAAGGCCAAACUGGACACCACCCCUUCUCAGGCCAAAAGCCCAUCUCCAGUCAAGAUAUCACCAGUAAAACAGUCCCAGCUGCGCAAUUUCCUCUCCAAGGGCCACAUGCCUCCUGUUCGAUCAACUGCACCAGCCAAUUUGUCUCGUUCUGCCUUCCUGUCGCCAAAAUACUACGAGGAUUUGGAUGACAUGAGCUCCACAUCUUCCCUGUCGCCGUCAAUGGAGCCUCCUCACCUGCCUCGCUUGGAGCUGGAGGAAGAGGAGGAACUGCAGCCAGAGCGCCUCCCCAUGGCUGCCGCCCCCCCUGCGUUCCCUCGCCACCCUACCGUAGUGAGGACCACAUCCAUCCAGCCGGGCUUCGGCUCCAUCCAGUCUACACCUUUAAGCAAAAUACAGGCUGUGCCAGGCAUGGGCUUCAGACUUAGCCCGAUUCCCAGCCCUGUUCCAACCAAUAAGAUCAUCCUCAGUGGAGCUGACAGCACCGCUCUUGCCACAAAAACAGUCAAACACGGCGCCCCCCCGGUCGAGAGGACUGUACCUGUCACCAUCCCGGCCCAACAAGCUGCAGCCACCGCUGCCAUGCGCAGGCUGAUGGCCAAUCAGAAGACGGCUGUCGUCAGCACUUCCUUGACAGAGUCUACCUUGAAAAUCGUCCCUCAGGUAGUCAACGUUCAGGAACUGAAAGACAGAGGGGGUCCAAUUUCUACUCCAGUUAUCAGCUCACCAAUACCAGACGCAGCAUCUGUGACUCUGCAGGUUCCCACUUCUGUUUCCAACCAGCACAAACGAAAUCCACCCCAAGGUGUGCAGAAAACUUCCACUGAAUGCUCAAGCGCUCCCCAAGCAGGAUUUAUGUUUGGUCAGCCUGCCAAAGCUGACACCUCUGUUGGUCCCGCUAGCUCAGCUGAAUCAAGUAUCAGCAAAGCUUUCUCCUUCUCGUCAACCCCCUCAAACUUUAGUUUCACUUCACUCACACCAGGAGCUAUAUUACCACAAGCGAAGGAUGUGAGUGAGUUCUCCUUUGGUGGAAAUGGCAAGAUGAUGUUUGGUCAGAUCGGAGAGGAGCCCUCAAAAUUUCCCCCCUCUGUUGUUGCGACUGUUCCGGCUGCAGAGCCUCCAAAAUCCACAGCGGAAGCACACAUACCAGCUGUUACCCCUGCCAGGAUAGACCCCCAAACCCCUAAAACAACAGGAGGAGAAACUUUAGGCAGUUUCUCCGGACUACGUGUCGGCCAAGGAGAAGAAGGUGUCGAGCCCUCCAACAAACCCUCCACUGCUAACACUGCUUUUAGUUUUGCCGGCGCUGGAAUCGGCAAAGUAGCGGCUCAGUUUGGCUUUGCCGGAGAUCGAAAGUCUGCGGGAGAUUCUCUUGGAACCGACUUGUCCAAAGGGCAAGGGAGUUCGUUCAAACCUCCGGAGACGGCCUCCAAGCUGACCUUCUGUAUUACAACGUCAAACACACCCGCCUCAGGAUUACACACGUCUUUCAGCAGUCUCCUUGCAGCCCCCACGGAGCCAAACGAAGACCCUAAACCAGCUGCACAAGCUUCAGAGCCCCCCUCAGAACUUGUAAAGGAUCCUGCUACUGAACUUCCUACUGAGGGCGUUGCAUCCUUAGAACCUUCAAAACCUACAUUGGAUGCUACCGCAAUUAGAGUACAGGCUUUGGCCACAAGUGUUCCUGUUCCAGUGGCAGCUAUUGAGCCACCAGUUCCAGUUAGCACUGCAGACGUCCCUGUAAAUGCCACGGGUGCUGCCGCGGUGACCACAGCUGCUCCGGUAGCUCCAGUCCAGCAAGAGUCCCCGCCCGCCUUCCAGGUGUCCACUUCUGAGAGGCCUGGCUCCAUCUUCUCUAAGCCUGCAACGACAGAAAGCAGCUCUUCUGCGGUCGUGGCUGUCCCUUCGGCUGUCCCUUCGGCUGUCCCUGUGACCGCCACUCCUGCUUUUUCUGUUCCGAACGUCUCAACAGUCACCACCACCGCUGCUCCUACUGCCCCUGCUGCUAGCGCUGUGUUUGGGCAACCUGCCACAUCCCCUCCAGCCUCCACUGCCCCCUCAGCACAACCUCCCACAGGGUUCGGCUCGUCUGCAUUUGGUGCAUCAGCUGAAAGUGGGUUUGGGAAAUCUGUUUUUGGCCAGUCAGUCGGCUUUGGCCAGCCUGCUAGUAGCACCGUAACAGCCGGCGGCUUCUCCUUUGGACAUUCUGCAUUUGGAGCGAGCCCUAGCAGCGCCACCACAGGAGGCGGUCUUUUCGGGGCAUCCACUGCUAACAACGCGAGUUCCUUCUCCUUCAACGCGAACGCCCAGACGUCCAGUGGCAGUGGUGCAGGGCUGUUCGGACAGAGCACAACCUCUGCAUUCGGACAAAGCUCUGGAUUUGGACAAGGGGCGCUUUUUGGGAGCAACACCACCACAUCUUCGUCUGCAGGAUUCAGCUUUGUUCAGCAGUCAGCCUUUGGAUCCUCCCCAUCGUCUGGAUUUGGCCAGCAAUCCAGUACCGCCAACGUAUUUGGACGGCCUCAGCAGUCGGUAGGCGGAGGUCUGUUUGGUUCAAGUUCUACCAAUGCAGCGUCACCCAGUAGUGGACUCUUCAGCGGCCUGGGAGGAAAACCGACUGAAGAGGCUGCCAACAAGAAUCCAUUCGGUCCCAGUGGGUCCCCUGGAGGGUUCGGGCAGCCUGCGCAGACAGGUGCCAAUAGUCUCUUUGGUAGUACUGGUGCCAAACCCGUUGGAUUCGCACAGUCCUCCUUUGGAGAGCAGAAACCAAGCGCAACAUUCAGCACAGGUGGGGGGACUGUUGCAUCGCAGGGCUUUGGCUCUUUCGCCUCUCCAACAAAACCAGGUGGUUUUGGCAGUUCACCAGUGUUUGGGAGCCAACCUGCUUUUGGUGCAUCCCCAUUUGGUGCCGCCACGCCAUUUGGCGCCCCUCCCUCCUAUAGCAACGCCAUGGGCUCCUCAGCCGGGAAAGUGUUUGGAGAGGGAACAGCGGCUUCCAACAUGGGUGGAUUUGGUUUCGCCUCGCCACCUUCAGGACCAUCAUUUGGAGCUCUAGCGAACCAGAGCACGCCAUCAUUUGGGAGCCUGACUCAGCAGGGCCCUGGUUUUGGAGGUCAGCCCAGCAGCUUCUCUGGCUUUGGACAGCAGCCUCAAACUGGAGGGUUUUCAGGAAACACCUUUGGCUCCACAAACCAGCAGUCGUCUUCAUAAAUUUCACUGGAACGGCACCAAACAAAAAUUCCAGCAUCACCUUGCCCAAUGCAGACUUGCGAUUCAUCACUGAAUAUGACUUUCAUCCAGCCAUCUGUAGACCAUGAUUGCUUUUCUUUGGUCCAUUGGAACCUUGUUUUUUAUGUCUAAGUGUUAAUGACUGUUUUCGUUUAGCUUUACUGUAUUUAAAUCCCUUCUCCUUAAAAGUUUAGUCACAGACGACACCAAUUUCCGCCCAUGUGUUCUUCAUUUGUUUUGCUGGGCAUUUUUUGUUUUCAAGACAAACUGCUUUAGGUUUUUCUUCUUGACACUUUGAUGUUUUCCCAGGCCUACCAGUAUGCUUACCUUUUACAAACUUCCCAUGUUGUUACUGACUACCACAAUUCAUAUUCUUGAUUUCUUUUAGUGUUUCUUCAAGCCAGAAAGUUGCCAUUUGAAAUGGCUGUACUUUUGUGUCAUGUCUGUUACCUGCCUUUUUCUUCAAAAAUUUAACAACUCACUGAACAUCCUUCAGGUCUGGGGAUUCCAUAAUUUUGCUAGGGGUUGUAUUUUUGGAAGAUAUUCUACAACAAUUUUGCCUUAAAUUAAGCAUUGUCAAGCAUAAACAUGGCUUAAUGAACUAUGAAUAUCAAUUCUAUGGUAGUAUUGGCCACUAAAUGGUAACAAGCCAAUCAGAUCACGCUGUUUAGUAUUGUGACCACUGAUUGGCUCUGCCUCAGGCAGUAUAAUUAUUUUGGAUGAAAAGAUUGGAAAGUUGACUAAACGUCCAGAAGUCUCUCAUAACAUUAAAACAUGUAGCAAACCAUUUGUUUUUAUUUUGUAAAUAUUAGGUUUUUAAGUAAUGAUUCCUACUACGUGGAAAUUAAUUUAUUGCGGUCAUGUCCGGAACGAUAAACGAGGGAUUACUGUAUUAUUAAUUAUUUUUUAAAAACCUUAUCAUACACAAGAUUUUGCUUUAUCUGGUCUGCCUCUUAUGUUUGCUGUCACAUGGUCGCCAUGAUCCCCGGGGUGUGUUCUGCUGGAAUGCACUCUGAAGUGUGCACAACUGACACAAAUAAUAAUAAUUCUCGCCCUCCCUACAGCUAUUUUUAGUUUUGUGCUCAUUUGCAGGCCACCAUCACCUCAAUGUAAAACAAAACAAUACAAAAAGAACAUUUAGGCUUGUACCAGUUACGAAUGAAGUGAUUCCGCAAAUUAAGCGUCAUUAUUGCCCUUUCAUAAACCAUACAAUACAUGCAAGAUGUAAUGUGCUGUAAGACAAUUCUGCUUAUUUUUCCAGAAAACUGGGAACAUUUCUCUUGAUAGAACUUGUUUUUAUCACAGUUACACAUAACUACAUCCCAAUUACCGUAUUUUUCGGAGUAUAAGUCGCUCCGGAGUAUAAGUCGCACCGGCCAAAAAUGCACAAUAAAGAAGGGAAAAAAACAUAAGUCGCACUAGGGUAUAAGUCGCAGUUUUGGGGGAAAUUUAUUUGAUAAAACCCAACACCAAGAAUAGACAUUUGAAAGGCAAUUUAAAAUAAAGAAUAGUGAACAACAGGCUGACUAAGUGUAUGUUAUAUGACGCAUAAAUAACCAACUGAGAACGUGCCUGGUAUGUUAACGUAACAUAUUAUGGUAAGAGUCAUUCAAAUAACUAUAACAUAUAGAACAUGCUAUACGUUUACCAAACAAUCUGUUACUCCUAAUCGCUAAAUCCCAUGAAAUCUUAUACGUCUAGUCUCUUACGUGAAUUAGCUAAAUAAUAUUAUUUGAUAUUUUACGGUAAUGUGUUAAUAAUUUCACACACAAGUCGCUCCUGAGUAUAAGUUGCACCCCCGGCCAAACUAUGAAAAAAACUGUGACUUAUAGUCCGAAAAAUACGGUAGGCUUUUGUGCAUGUUGAACUACUUAUUUGUUAAAAUGACAAGAAAAUACAUUUAACUUGGGGUUAGUCUACAUACAUCAAUAAUAUGGAGACAAAACAUGACAUUACACCUAUUUGACAUAAUACUCCUGUUUGACAUCUUGAUUUGACAAAAC